AUGGAUAUGAUCUUUGCCGCCCGCCAACUUCAGGAGAAGUGCCAGGAGAUGCGGACCCACCUGUACUCUACCUUCGUGGACCUGACGAAAGCCUUCGACACGGUGAAUCGUGAAGGACUGUGGAAGAUCAUGCAGAAAUUCGGCUGUCCGGAACGAUUCACUCAGAUGGUGCGUCAGCUGCACGACGGUAUGAUGGCGCGAGUCACGGACAACGGAGCUGUCUCAGAGGCAUUCGCAGUGACCAACGGAGUGAAGCAGGGAUGCGUACUGGCACCAACCCUCUUCAGUCUUAUGUUCUCUGCCAUGCUGAUGGACGCCUACCGCGACAAACGCCCUGGAAUCCGCAUUGCCUACGGGACGGACGCUCACCUCCUGAAUUACCGGCGCAUGAACUUCCAAUCGCGUGUAUCCACAGCCACCGUGAACGAACUCCUCUUCGCCGACGACUGCGCCCUGAACACCACCUCGGAAGAGAAGAUGCAACGGAGCAUGGACCUAUUCUCCGCCGCCUGCGAGAACUUUGGGCUGGUUAUCAACACGCAGAAGACGGUGGUGAUGCAUCAGCCGCCUCCCAACUCAGCCACAGCCCCCAACGCGCCGCCGCAUAUCAACAUGAAUGGGACUCAACUGCAAGUGCUAGAGAACUUCCCGUACCUGGGCAGCACGCUCUCCCGCAACACCAAGAUCGACGACGAAGUGGCCAACAGGAUCUCGAAAGCCAGUCAAGCCUUCGGUCGUCUCCAAAGCACAGUUUGGAAUCGUCAUGGUCUCCAACUGAGCACAAAGCUGAAGAUGUACAAGGCCGUCAUCCUGCCGACGCUACUGUACGGAGCAGAGACAUGGACGGUGUACACGAGGCAGGCACGUCGACUAAACCACUUCCACCUCAGCUGUCUCCGCCGCAUUCUGAGGCUGAACUGGCAGGAUCGAAUCCCCGACACGGAAGUACUGGAACGAACGGGAAUCCUCAGCAUCUACGCCAUACUGAGACAAAUGCAGCUGCGCUGGAGCGGCCACCUGGUGCGCAUGGAUGACGAGCGACUACCCAAACGACUCUUCUAUGGAGACGUCGCGACGGGUUCUCGUCGUCAAGGAGGCCAAAUUCGCCGUUACAAGGAUACUCUGAAGUCCUCCCUGAAGCGCCUGCAAAUCAACCCGACCAACUGGGAAGAGCUCGCUCGCGAUCGUCCGACAUGGAGGAGAACAGUGAAGACGGGCGCUGCUAUCUAUGAAGCCAACCGCAUCGCAGCCGCCAAAGUGAAACGCGAAGCCCGUAAAUCACAACUUCGCCCAGUCCGCAACGCCGCCGCACAACCUCUACCUACGUGUCCUCGAUGUCAACGGACAUUUCGGGCACGGAUCGGACUUGUUGGACAUCUUCGGAUCAACUUCACCUCUCGAACUGCUCCAGCCAUCGUUCCCCCGCCCGCCUCUUCCUCCUGCUCUCUGCCGCCAACUAACUCUGACACUCCUCCUGCACCACCACUUCCAUCCUCGUCGUCCUCCACCCUCCCCACUGCCCAAGCGACGGCUGUUCAGACUGCUGUCUCACACAUCACCAACCCCAACACACCAACCAACAUCACCUCUCCCACCUCUCCCGAUACCACUGAUGAGGAUCAUGACUACACCUGCCCUCACUGUGACCGCACCUUCACCUCACACAUCGGUCACUUGCGAAUCCAUCGCACAGAGACUGGCGAACCAGUGCCUGGAGCACCAACCUACACUCACCACACUCGCCUCCACUGCCCACACUGCCCUCGCACCUUCACGCAUCGCAUGGGUCUAUUCGGCCACAUGCGCAUCCACGAGAGCGGAAUUGACCGCCGCCUUGACACAUCCUCCCCGCCGAGCCCCACUCCCAGUCCACCACCUUGUUCGCCCACUAACCACUCCCCAACAGACAUCGACGCCACCGACCUUACAACCUCCCACUCCUCCCCUUCCUCCUCUUCCUCCAUCACUGCCACAACGACGGCCGCUCCGGCGUCUGUCGCCCACGACUUCACCACAGCCGAACCUGGCACAACAACCGGCACAACCCCUGCAACCUCCAUCAUCAGACGUGAGGGCCAGGACUACACCUGCCCUCACUGCGAUCGCACCUUCACUUCACGCAUUUCACACAUCGGUCACUUGCGAAUCCAUCGCACAGAGACUGGCGAACCAGUGCCUGGAGCACCAACCUACACUCACCACACUCGCCUCCACUGCCCACACUGCCCUCGCACCUUCACGCAUCGCAUGGGUCUCUUCGGCCACAUGCGCAUCCACGAGAGCGGAAUUGACCACAAUUCCGAUACAGGCACGACAUCCAAUACAUCCACCACGCCCGAACCCAUCCUCGCUCCACCGUCACACGCGCCGACCACCACCACCUACACCACUGCUUCCUCUACAGCUGACACCGACACCGCCGACCUCUCAUGCCCACAUUGUCCACGCACCUUCACCUCACGCAUCGGCCUGGUGGGUCACUUGCGAAUCCAUCGCACAGAGACUGGCGAACCAGUGCCUGGAGCACCCACCUAUACCCACCAAGCUCGUCUCAACUGCUCCCACUGCCCUCGCACCUUCACGCAUCUUAUGGGCCCAUUCGGCCAAAUGCGCAUCCACGACGACCUGCGGUAG